UACGCUGAACAUACAAUGCAAUAUAAAGUUUUUACAAACCCACUGACGACAGCAUGCACAAUAUUCUACACAGCGAUCGAGUCAGCUGCUAGCAGAGUCCGGUUGGCCAGGAUGGACUUUUUCUUCGACGAGUCUCCAUCACAUUCAACUCCAAAUGUUGAGCGUGGAGAUCCACAAACGGUUACAGACACAGAGCUUGGCCUAAGUGUGAGCAGGCCUGAGAUUCGAGAGGAAAAUUCUAACUCUGUUGUGAAUGACAUCAGCAGAAGAGUACAGGAGCUGAUGCAGAAGGUUCACAACCGCCGCACCAGCGACCAAAAGGAAAUUGAAGAUUUCCAAGAGAUAAUACUGAAGAAGGUGACCGAGAUGUGCCAGCAGAUGAAGCAGCACAUGUACACAGCCUACGAAGAGAACAGUGAUGAGAUGGAGGUGAAACUGCAGGAGUUGACUGAGGUGCUAGAGAGAUGCACAAUUCUCCACAAUGAGCUUCUGGAAGCCAGUUGUGUUCUGGCAAGAGUGCGAGAGAGUCUCAUCAACCAGCCAUCACAAUCCGCAACAGACUAGAUCAGCUUCAUAACUUGAUUUUGUUCUCAUGUUCUUGCACCAAUUUAGUUCUUUCUUCUGCGUUUUGCUCGGAACCUACUGAUGGCCUUGAAACUUUUAGCGCAACAGUUCAUAUUUUACUUAGUUUUCUUUAGCUGUGACUGAUACUUUCCUAUUCUACUGUGAUGUCUAAGCAUUUGUAUGUGAUGGUGGGGACAGCAGUUUUAUUGGGGCCACGCUCAUUUUGCCGGCCAUAUUAAAAUAUCACAAAAUGAAAGGCAUCUCUUCAUACAUUAUGCCAUAACAAUCCAAAU